UGCGGAAAGGGGCGGAAGUGUAGCUUCUGUGGCUGGCGGGAAGGGGCGGAAGUGUGGCUUUAAACCACACAGGAAGUGUGUCAUUUUGUGACUACCAAUAUUUAGUUUUGAUUGGUUGAGAUAGUGGCGUGGCUACAGACUUAGACUGGAUUGGUCUGUGAUUAGGAAUGCGGUUGUAGGAUUGGUGAAAGAGCUUUGCGGUAGUAGGAAGUGUGGCCUACCCGAGUUCUUGGUUACGCAGAGACCGGAAGAGGGGUUGUUAUUUACAUAUUCGGCACUUAGUCUAGAGAUACUGGCUCCCGAGAGGUUUGACGCAGUAUCUGGUUUGAGUGAAAUUAGUCUCAGGACAGGGCCAUGGCCGACUCGAAGCUGCUGGUGCCGGAGCUGAACGAUGCAGAGACGAUGGGCGCUGAGACGUCGCGUUUCGAGGAGCUGCUGCUGCAGGCCUCCAAGGAGCUCCAGCAAAACCAGACAAGCAGACCGGAAUCCACACAGAUACAGCCUCAACCUGGUUUCUGCAUCAAGACCAACUCAGCUGAAGGGAAGGUUUUCAUCAACAUCUGUCACUCUCCCUCCAUUCCUCCACCGGCUGACUUGACUGAGGAUGAGCUGCUUCAAAUGCUGGAGGAAGACCAGGCUGGGUUUCGCAUCCCCAUGAGUCUGGGAGAGCCACAUGCGGAACUGGAUGCAAAAGGCCAGGGUUGUACCGCCUACGACGUAGCUGUCAACAGCGACUUCUUCCGGAGGAUGCAGAACAGCGAUUUCUUGCGAGAGCUCGUGAUCACCAUCGCCAGGGAGGGCCUUGAGGACAAAUACGGCCUGCAGCUGAAUCCAGAGUGGCGCAUACUGAAGAACAGACCUUUCCUAGGCUCCAUCUCCCAGCAAAAUAUCCGCUCCCAGCAGCGUCCUCGGAUCCAGGAGCUGGAGAACCUACACACGCCCAGCUCCCCGAGACCUGAGGCAGGCCCUGAGAAGCCUCAGCUGAGCCUUUGGCUGGAGGCCCCUGACCUCCUCUUGGCUGAAAUCGACCUCCCCAAACUGGAUGGUGCUCUGGGGCUGUCGCUGGAAGUCGGGGAGAAUCGCCUGGUGAUGGGGGGGCUCCAGCAGCUGUACCAUCUGGAUACCUACAUCCCCCUGCGUAUCAACUGUGAUGAGAGCAAGGCAGCCUUCCAUCAGAAGAGAAAGCAAUUGAUGGUGGCGAUGCCCCUUCUGUCAGUGCCUUCUUGACCGGAUGUCUUCCUGUGCUUCUGUGUUGAGGGGAGAGGCUGGUGGCUUCUCUAAAACUGAAAUAAAAGAUGUUUGCCUUUG